AUGUGCUCCAAAAGUGUUGUUAGUAAAGCCGGUAGCAAACGCCAAACACCACCCAUCUAACGAACAAGUCGCCACUCGUUGUUCGCUGCCCGCUGCCGUUGUCGUUGGUGCUUUGUGCUUUGCAUGUUGGCGCAAUUCAGUCUUUGCCGAACAGCCGCGAAAUAUUAGCGCAAAUAACGGAUAAGUGAGAAUAGCAAAUUUCAGUGAUUUGUUCAAUUAAUUAAUUUCAUAAAGUGAAAUUUAUCUUGGUGAAUUGUUGUUGAAAAAGUGAAAAUAAAUAAAUACUUAUUUUUGAUGAAUUAAAAAAUAAUAAUGUGCUGAAACGUGAAAAAUUUUUUAAUGCAAAAAGAAGGAGGAAUAAGUGUUGUUUUUCAACCGAGUGAAAAGUAUCGGUAGUAACAAGUGAAUUCAGUGUUACCUGCAGAAUUUAUAUUCGUGGAAUGGUGAAAAAAUUAAUUUCAUUGAGUUUUAAAGACAAUUACAGUAAGUUUCAAGGAAACCAAAAUAUUAUUAUGUGUACAUAGUAAAGAAAAAAAUUAAUAAUAAAAUAUAAUUAAAAUAAAUUUAAAACUAGUUAAAAAAAACCUUGAUGAGUGUGCAGAAUUUCUUAAUAUGUAAUUGAAAAAAUAAUUAAAUAUAACGAUAAUAUGAUUUUUAAUCUAAAAUAUGACUUGUAUUUGAAACCUAAAAAUACUAUUUGUCCUAAUUUAUGUUUUCAAACGCAUGCCACAGAAAUAAAAUUUUAGAUUUUAUUGCAAAAAAUAUAUAAAAUAAGAUCCAACUAGAUUUUAAAUCGCUUAAAAGCCAAGUGAAAGUAAAAUUGAAUCAAUUAAGCGAAUAAGAUAAUUUUAAGUGCUUGCCUACUCACCGAAGAGAAAUAUUUAGUGUGUUUGUUAAAAAACCAGAUGUGCAAAUCAAAUGAAAAUAUACUUAAAUUAGCCUUAGUUAACUAAAAACAAAAAUGAAGUCAUAAUUGAUACAACGAUAACAAAAAAUAAUAAUAAUCUGAAAAUUAAAAACAAAAAUUAGUUUCAAGUUGAUAAUUAAAAAAAAAAAUAUAUAUAUAGUAAUGUAAUGUGAAAAAUUUUAAUUUAAGGUUUCUGCUUGCUAUUUGGAUUGGAAAUAAUUAUAAUUGUAAUUACAGUGCACUAAAUGGAAACGAAUGGCUGUUUAUAUUCAAUACUUCGAAAUUCAACUCCAAAAUAAACCCAAAGAUAUACAAAAUUUAAAUAAUUGAAAAGAAAGCCAACUCUACUUGAAAGCCGGAACCUCAAAGAAGAUAGAAAAUGAGUCAAUAAACUAAAUCCACCAGCUGAAAAUGGUGUAAAUACGAAAGUAAACUGGUGUACAUACAGUGAAGUUACCAGCGGAAACGGAAACUGAGGUCAAGCGAAAGAUUGAAAGAUACCUUAUAAAUAAAUAAUGCUAAAAGUACUUAUACAUAUGUAUAAAGGCACAUAAAUCACAAGGUAUGUAAGACAUCCCGCGCUGUACACUGCUAUAAACCGUUAGAUGUGCAUACCCACCUUUUGAUAAGUAUUCGAGGCAAGCUAGUACUCUAAAAGAAUAUAUGUGUAUGUAUCUGCAUAGCCACAGCCGCUGCUCCUUUGUCUCUAUUUAGUUGAAGCGGUGACCUUAACACUUGCCACACUAACCAAUGCUAAUGAAUCAGCGACAACAACAACAACACGGAAAACAAUUGCACAAUCUGCACCCAAAAACCAACAACUCGUUGUAGCUUCAACAACGAAUAACUAAACAAAGGCUAGCGGUGUAACAACAAUGAAUGUAAUCGCCAAGGUCCAACAAUUCGCACAGACAUUAGCAGUAGUUGGCUUCACCAGCGUCACUGCAGCGGCCACUCAUGCGACGGCACACAAUCCGAGGACGGAUAAUUUACUAGCCGCAGCCGCAGCAGAAACAACUCGUUCCACUUUAACGCUAGCUGCCAGAAUGUUGGCUGGCUUACCGACAUCCGCCUCCGACAUUGCUGACUCAGCGAUAACGGAUAUGGCGGCGGUGGACAGCACGAGCAGCAAUGAAAGUGCUGAGGGUGAGGGUGUGGCCGACGCAGAGCCGGAUGCGUUGGACGUGUUGCGAGAUGAAUGUUAUAAACGCUUGAAUGAAACCGCGACACAGUUUACAGCAGGUGAAUCUUACUGUGCUGGCACAUUUGAUGGUUGGCUCUGUUGGCCGGAUACUGCCGCCGGCACUUCCGCCUAUGAACGCUGCCCGGAAUUCAUAACCGGCUUCGAUCCGACAAGAUUUGCACAUAAGGAAUGCGGAAGCGACGGUGAGUGGUACAAACAUCCGCUCACGAAUAAGACCUGGUCCAAUUACACGACCUGCAUUAAUUUCGAUGAUUUAGAGUGGAAGCACAGCAUUAAUCUCUUUUAUAAGACUGGUUAUGGCAUAUCCCUGAUAGCGAUACUCCUAUCUCUCGCUAUUUACACUUAUUUCAAAUCGCUGAAAUGUGCGCGCAUAACACUCCACAUGAAUUUAUUCACAUCCUUCGCCGCGAACAAUUCACUCUGGCUGGUUUGGUACUUCGUUGUGAUACCCGAAACGGAGAUGCUGAAACGGAGUCCGCCACCCUGUAUUGCGCUGCACAUAAUACUCCACUACUUUCUGCUAACCAACUACUCGUGGAUGCUCUGCGAGGGCUUCUACUUGCACACGGUGCUGGUGUCCGCCUUCAUAUCGGAGAAGAAAUUGGUGAAAUGGCUGAUUGCCCUCGGCUGGGGCACGCCGGCAAUUGUAAUCUUCAUUUACGCUUUGGCGCGUGGCCUCGGCGGCUCCGGCGAUGAAGUCAAACACUGUUGGAUGCAUAGCACGAGCUUCGAGAAUAUUCUCGUUGUGCCCGUUUGUAUUUCCAUUUUUCUUAAUUUGCUAUUUCUAUGCAAUAUUGUGCGCGUCGUGCUGCUUAAGCUGAAGGCACCGGCGAGCAUACAAGGCAGCUGUGGACCCUCACGCACCGUCCUGCAAGCAUUCCGCGCAACACUUUUGCUUGUACCACUAUUGGGAUUGCAGUACAUCUUGACGCCAUUUCACCCGGAUGCAGGCCAUCCAUGGGAGCAGACAUACGAAGUAAUCUCAGCGUUUACGGCCUCAUUUCAGGGUCUUUUUGUUGCCACACUCUUCUGCUUCUUCAAUGGCGAAGUUAUUGCGCAGGUGAAGCGCCGCUGGCGUACGGCUUGGUUUAGCAACAGAGCGCGUGCAAAUUCCUACACAGCAACCCAGGUCUCGUUCGUGCGAUGUGGCCCGCCCUUGCCCGGCGAAGAGAAGGUAUGACUAAAGAGCUUGUCGUCGACGAAAUCGCGUCGCGCCUCCAGCGCCGUCACCGGACGCAGCGGCGGCGAUGCACCAAACGCUGCCAGCAGCAGUAAAGGCGCCACGCGCCUGCCCAGCAACAGCAGCGCACCCGCCACACAAAAGUCGCCUGCGAAUGCCACAGCGCCGCCCGGCCUGUUGGGCGGUCUGCGAAAGUUCCAAUUUCUACGACGAAAAACCGUCGAUCAACUACGCAUACGGCAGCCGCUAAUGGAGGAGGGCGUUUGUGUUGCCGAUGGUGGCGCGGAGGCAUGCAACUGGAAUAGUCAUAGAAAAAAUGCGACCGAAAAUGUGACGGCGUUAGCUGAGAAUUCGACGUCGACGGCGUUAGCAACUACAGCAGCAACAACAACGACUGCGGAAGCAGCUAACAACAGCGCACUAGCAGCAACGACAACAACGAGUAAUUACUACAAUAACAAUAGCAACAAUCGGCUUAGCAGCAGCGGUAGUUAUAGCAUCGAAGGCAGCAGCACGGAGGGCAGCAAUCGUGCCGGCGGCAUUUUGCUUGUCACCACCACAGCCGUGCACACGAAUCCCAACACAUGCACCUACAACAAUAAUUUGCAUUUGGAUGGCAACAAAAUCGCCGACGAGGCAUUGUAAGCGCAUUAAAAUGCAGCCGAACGCGAUGUGACAUAUGUGACAUGUGACUUGUUGUGGUUGGAGGUGGCUUGACUCUAUGUAUGUAUGUAUAUGGUUUUAAUGUUAGCGUAGUUGUAAGUAAUUGUAGUUAACACGUGAUUAACUGGUACUACGAUAGUUGAUAUAUUUAUUGCCAAUUUGCAGUAUGUGUAUGUGUGUGUGGACAACGUAAUUUAAUAGUUGAUUGCAAACAGGCUUUGCUAACAACUAUGUAUGCUUAUUUGUUUAGUUAAGUGCGAAUUAUUUGUAAUUUUUCGUAGAUUAACACUAAGCCUUUUAAUGCUUUAUUAUAAAUGUAAUUUCCUUAAAUAUUUAACAUAUGAAGAAUAGUGGUCCUGCCUAUUUUAUAUGCUGUACUAACUCUGAACACAUUGUGCAAUAUUAUUGAGUAGAUUAUUUUAAGAACUUUAUUUGCUUCUAAGUUAGACUUAUUUUAUAAGAGCAUUGUCCAAUUAACGGUUGUCAGUAGCUGAGAAAGAUAUUGAGGUAGCUAGAUUUUGGUUUAUAUAUGUAUGUGUAUCAGAUUUAGAAAGCAUGCUUUUAUCUGUCCGUCCGCCCGCGCAUCUAUUUAUAUCCCAACAACUUUUCAUGUAAUGGCAUUUUUCGAAAUCACUCAAAGGUGCAUUCAACCUUUUGACCCUUGCAGAAAAAAUCGUAAAAUCAGAUUACAAUCACAACCACAUCUUAUAUGAUAAUAUUUUAAUUGCAGUAAAUUUUU